GCAUUUAUUGCAACAUCGUAAGUAUGUAGGCCAAGGUGUGCUUUAGUACAAUUUUGAUUGGUUGUCAAGCAGGUCAACAAAAAUAUUUGACAAGUUCAAGUGUACUUUGACAGUCAAUGACUCACAAUAAGCUUGUUGAGUCGGUGAUGGAUUUGCACACGAAACAGAGGCAAAUCGCUGGACAACUGUACAAGUACACCAAUGUCAUGAAAGGCUGGCAGUAUCGUUACUUCAGAGUGGACGGAAAUGCGGGGCUGCUCCACUACUAUCUAUGCGGUGAGGGUGAGAAACCGGAGGGCAACGUGCCGAGGGGUUCAGUGCAUCUGGCCGGCGCCGUGAUAUGUCCCAGCGAGGAGGACUCGAAGACCUUCACCGUGAAUUGUGCGCUGGGGCACAUGCUGAAGCUGAGGGCUGCUGAUGCUAGGGCCAGGCAGGAGUGGGUCAAUGGUUUGAGGGCAGUUGCCGAGUCACAUACCAAGACAAUAAGUGCCAAUAGCCCUCCGCUCCCGCCUCGCGAGCAUCUGGCCGUGAUGGACGCACUGGGUUGUGCUAGGGCGCAGCUUCAGCAGGCGGAGCAGAGCGAUCUGGCGCUGUGCCGUUCGAUCGACUCGUCAGGCAACAAGUACUACCUCGACCAGAAUUUGCUUUUGCUAAAGGCCACCUCAGCUGCCACGUUGCAUUGCCUGACGCAGUGCCUGAACAUCCUGCAGAGAAACCAACAUGCGCAGCAGGCGCGCACAGGGCAUAAACCUCUUGGUAGACUUCUGCCCAGAAGAAAGGUGAAGAAAAGGUGUUGUGUAAGGUGCAGCUUCUAAUGUCUAGCAAUUUUGUUUUGUAUAUAUUUUUGUAAAUAUGUUGUUUUAAUAAAUUCGAAGUGUAGUAAAAAUUUU